CACUGCGUGCCGUUGCAGGCCUGGAGCGUGCGCAGAACUUCUCGCUGCCGGCGGUGCAGAACGACGCAACCCUGGAGGACCUGCGGCAGACGAUGGCGGAGGAGCUGGAGGGGCGCCUCUACGAGCUGGCCAACCACACCCAGAGGGUCGAGGACAUGGUGCGGGAGGUGGCCCACCUGCAGAACACGGCUAACAGCUCCCCGUUCAGGGGGAUCAUUGCCCAAAGCGAGGAGCUCAAGUUGCAGUCCGAGGCACUUCAGAAGGAGGCCAGGGAACUCCUUCGGGCCUGCCAGGACUACUACCCGGACGCAGAAAACGCCUAUGAGGGCCUGCGUGAGAACUCUGCCCGUCUGCGAGACAUGGUGGACCAACUGCAGACGUUCCUGGAGAAGCUGAGCCCUGCGACGGAGAAGGCCGUGCCCUACGUGCGGGAGGCGGAGAUCCACUCGCACAAGCUCCAGCAGCAGGCCAGGGAGUGCCAGACAAUCCUGAACUCCACACAGCAGACGUCUUCUUCGGCCCUGGCCUACGACGAGAUUGCCAAGAUCAUUGACGAGGCUCAGAACAUCUCGGAGGCGGCCCUUGCUACUUCGAACGAAGCCCACGACAAUAACCUACAGGUUUGUCACCUACUGGAAGUUUGUCUGGUGGGUGUGGAAGAGAUUGGGGAGAUUCAACAGGGUGCAACUUGCGUGCUGCGUGGUGGCGAAGAUAAGGAAGCACUUCCCUUCAGCAACAUAGUCUUCCAGUACUCCUAUUGCCAGAACCUUGAGACGUGGGCUCUGAUGGUGGCUUUUUUGUCUGGCCUAUUAGCUGCGCUGCACAAGGAGGAAAUAAGGGCCGUUGCAACGCAGUGGAACCUAGCUGCUGCUGGCCAAGUUUUCACUUACCAGAGGAGGGUGGCUCUGUCACUGAAUGAACAGACCGCCCUUAGUUGCCUUAGGAAACCUUAGGCUGUACCGAAGCUCCUUGUCCCUGGUUCUUGCUUGCUUCCAGACGGCGCAUUGGCAUUAUAAUGCCUAAUAGCCACGCAGGUUCUGAUAUGUGCUCAGAUAUGAGACAUAAUCAGAGUUUGCCAUCAUACCAGUGAGCUUUGCAACUUACUGUGCAAUCAUACCAUUAUAGCUGAAAAGCAAAGACUUCGGAGUGAUGUGGAUAAGCAUGCUGUGAAAUGCUUCAAGGUUGUAGGUCUGGCUCCCAUUAGAGAGUCUCAAGAUGUCCCUGAGAAUGUGGUGGGCCAUCACAAUUUUGUGAAAAGCCACAUAUGGUUCCGUCAGUGACAAAAUUGAAAUCGGACAUUUGUAUUGAAAUACGGUCUGAGUAUAGGAAGGAUUGUG